CCAGAGCGCGAACACAGAGAAAAUCCAAAUAACAUAAACACAACGUCAAAAAAUGUUAGCGAUAAGGAAUGGAGUCAAAAAGGAAUUUAAAAAAGUGAAGAAGCCAAAGUCGCCCGAUGUUCGGCUGACCGAGUUGAUGUCUGACCUGAGAAUGAAAGUCGGACAGUUGCAUUCUUGGGAGGACACGGCGAAAUCCGUCCGAAUGUCCAUGAUGGAAAAGCGCACGUUGAUGGACAGUCACGAUCGCAGACAACUGCAGAAAUGUCUGGAUGACUUGCAGAGAGCCAUCAAAGUCACAUCAGUGCAAACUAUGGUUGAAAGGCUAGAGAGUAUUUCAAGGCAGCUUGGGCUCAGGUUUACGGCUGGCUCGUCCGGCAUUGAGUGUUUCAUCAGCACGGACACAUUCUACGUGGAGGUCACGCUGGACCCCGGCGAAGGUCACGCCAAGGACGUGAGGAUCGCUCACCGUGGCGAGCCGUCGAGUUGCGACGAAUUGGUGCAAAUAUUAAGACGCGGCGACUUCACAGCAUUUACCGAGCAUCUGCAGGGACUAUCCGCUAUAUACCAAAUCAGCUCCGACAAACAUCAGAAGAUGAAAGGAUAUUUGGCACUUCAGUCCCUUGAAGCAGAUUUAAUAAUGCUAGCAGAGUUGCAGAAUUGCUCGAUUUCUGAUAUAUCUGAUCUGAUACACAAAUCUCCAUUAGGAAUUCUUCAACCGAGAAUAGGAGGUCGUGCGUUACAACUAGUCUACCUCGUCUCGCCCUACGAGCUGCUGGACAGGGAUGAACGAACGUCCAUCACGCUCUCCGUCGAAAAUGUGAUACAGAGGAAGAUUGGAGCAACACUGAGAGUCAACAUAGAACCAUCAGAGUCACACAAGCUUCAGUCUAGACCAUUGAUGUCCGUCGCAAAAACCCAGGACGGAAAAAGUCUGCCAUCGUUUGACGCGUUGAGUAACUUGAACAGCAUCCCUCUGCCCGCCUGCUUCACCCUCGACCUCGGAUGCCGCGUCGCCAUAGCAACGUGCCUCGUGCGCAAGAUCCAAGCAAUAACGAACGUGGAGUUUGCUGAGAUUUCUCAGUCUACUUCCUUAGUCGACCUGAUAGUCAGAGAACAUUCCCACGCCGCCACGGACCCGGGGAAGGGACUCCACGUCUCCCUUCCCGGCGGGCAGCAGCACUGCUACUACUUUGCCACACCGGCGGCAGCGACGGUGGCGGACGAGGAGGAGGGAAGGGGGAGCCACUUGUCGCUUCGCGGCAUCGCCGUCUGCCGCGUCCCGUUCACGCAUCCGACGCACGUGCCACAGAUCGUGGCGACGCUGCGGCGGCAGGCGAUGUUCAGCCGUGUCGUCGCUAGCUGCGUGCGAAACAACGCGCGCGAGACAGAAGCGGGAGAGGCAACCAUGUUUGAGGUUACGCCAAUGUCAUUGCAGUGUAUCAUCGUCACGUUUCAACAUCCAUGCGAGGAGUCUAUAGCAACAGUGAAAUUCGACCUGAGUGACGUUCCAGAUAUAAAGUGUGAGGUGGAGGUGGCCAGUGGCAGUGAACCUUUGUGUGACAAUGAAUUUGUCACCAAGGUGAUGCAAAGGUGUUGGUCCAUCCCCAUCACCAUGCGUUCGCUGAUCAGGAGAGCGGCCAUGACACGACCGUCGUCGCCGCCACCGCCAUCGCCGCCCGACCAUUCUUACUCCACGGAAACCAAGCCUGCCGAACACUCCGAUUCGGAAUUCCUAUUUCCUCGCCAGUACAGCGAUAGGAACAGCAACGAAGUGAAAUUCGUUAACGAGGAUAACGUAAACGAUGCCGAUGUAAUGUGUGACGUUUAGAAUAAUACAGCUUAUUCUUUGUAU